AUGGCCAAGUAUAAUCUCACCACAGUAACUGAGUUCAUCCUCGUGGGCUUUGCCAAUCACCCCAAUUUAGAGAUUCCCCUCUUCAUGGUAUUUCUGAGUUUCUAUCUAGUCACCCUUCUGGGGAAUGUGGGGAUGGUCGUUUUGAUCCACCUAGAUGCCCAUCUCCACACUCCAAUGUACUUCUUCCUGAGCCAUCUUUCCCUCUUGGACGCCUGCUAUUCUUCAGUCAUCACUCCUCAGAUCCUGGCCACACUGUCCACAGGCAAGACAACUGUCUCUUAUGGCCAAUGUGCUGCCCAGUUCUUUUUUUUCACCAUCUGUGCAAGUACCGAGUGUUUCCUGCUGGCAGUAAUGGCCUAUGACCGUUAUGUUGCCAUUAGAAACCCACUGCUUUAUACUGUGGCCAUGAAUCCCAGAAUCUGCUGGAGUUUGGUAGUAGGAGCCUACGUGUGUGGUGUGUCAGGGGCCAUACUGCGUACCGCAUGUACCUUCACCCUCACCUUCUGUGAUGACAAUCAGAUCAACUUCUUCUUCUGUGACCUCCCACCCCUGCUUAAGCUCGCCUGCAGUGACACAAGAAGCAUGGAGAUUAUCAUUGUUUUCUUUGGCAACUUUGUGAUCGUGGUCAAUGCUUUGGUCAUCCUGAUUUCCUAUCUGUUCAUCAUCAAGGCCAUCCUAAAGAUGAAAUCUUCAGGUGGCAGGGCCAAAACUUUCUCUACAUGCGUGUCCCACCUCACGGCUGUGGCCCUCUUCUUUGGGACUCUCACCUUCAUGUAUAUACGGAGUGGCUCAGAAAAAUCCCUGGAAGAAGACAAGGUCGUGUCUGUCUUCUACACUGUGGUCAUCCCCAUGCUCAACCCUCUGAUCUACAGCUUGAGAAACAAGGAUGUGAAAGAUGCCUUCAGAAAGGUCACUGGGAGAUUCCAGCUGGCCCAGAGCAUGUUAGUCUAA